UCCUCCUCCUCCUCUUCCUGCCCCCCCCUCCACACCUUCAGGACCAACAAGCCCCCUGGUGUCAGCAUGGAGGGCGGUGUGGACGGCCCCAUCGGAAUCCCCUUCCCUGACCACAGCAGCGACAUCUUGAGCAGCCUGAACGAGCAGAGGAACCACGGCCUGCUCUGCGACGUGGUGAUCCUGGUGGACGGGCAGGAGUUCCCCACGCACCGCUCGGUCCUGGCGGCCUGCAGCCAGUACUUCAAGAAGCUCUUCACCUCAGGCCUGGUGGUCGACCAGCAGAACGUGUACGAGAUAGACUUUGUGAGUGCCGACGCGCUCUCGUCCCUGCUGGAGUUCGCGUACACGGCCACCCUUACCAUCAGCACUUCGAACGUCGGCGAGAUCCUCAACGCCGCCACGCUGCUAGAGAUCCAGGCGGUCAGGGACGUUUGCACGGAUCUGCUGGACAGGAAAAUUCUGGCCAAGAACGACCAGAUGGACACAGUAGAUCAAAUUGAUCAAAGGAACCAUCUCAGAGCGAAAGAAUACCUGGAGUUUUUUCAGAGCAACCCCAUCAACGGGCAGCAGGGCACGUACCCGUGGACCAACCCGGACUUGAGGGACCUCCAGCGGCUCGGCUUCCGGGGCCCCGACGUCAAGGAGGAGCCGGACUGCAACGGCCUGGACUUCUACGCUCAGGCCGCCCUCAGCGACAGACCAAAGGCGAACGACGGCGACCCCGACGGCAAGAUGUGGCUGGACCCCGAGGAGGCGAAGGCGGCCGCCCAGGGACCCUUGUUCCCCACCUCGCAGAACGGACAGUACGGCGGGCAAGGCCUGGCCACGGCGCCCGGGGAGGACGAGGCGGCGGCUCAACUGGACCAGCAGGAGGCGGGGGGCUCCCCCGCCUUCGCCCCCGGGGAGGGCGAGGAGGCGGACGCCCGGGAUAUGGACGGCCUGGCCGCCAGCGCCCUCCUGCAGCAGAUGAUCAAUUCCGUGGGGCGUCAGCAGCUGGCCGAGGACGACCGCAAGGACGACGACGGAGUCAUGGAUUAUUACUUGAAAUACUUUAGCACUUCCCAAGAGGGCGGCGAGUACCCGUCCUGGUCCCACAAGUCGGAGAAGAAGAUCCGGGCGAAAGCAUUCCAGAAGUGCCCCAUCUGCGAGAAGGUGAUCCAGGGGGCAGGCAAGCUCCCGCGCCACAUCCGGACCCACACGGGAGAGAAGCCGUAUGAAUGUAACAUUUGCAAAGUUCGGUUUACGAGGCAGGACAAGCUGAAGGUUCACAUGAGGAAACAUACCGGCGAGAAGCCCUACCUGUGCCAGCAGUGUGCGGCCUUCGCCCACAACUACGACCUGAAGAACCACAUGCGCGUCCACACGGGCUUGCGCCCCUACCAGUGCGAGAGCUGCUUCAAGACUUUCGUGCGCUCCGACCACUUGCACCGGCACCUUAAGAAGGGCUGCAACGGGAUCCCUUCCCGGAGGGGGCGGAAGCCCCGGCGAGAUGCGUCGGCCCCUCCCGCCCCGACGGCUUCCAACCCCGACGACGGGGGGAGCCUGGCGGGCGGCGAGGAGGCCCAGGAAACGCAGGAUGCGACUGCGCCGCAGGACGGCCUAGAACAGCACUUUGACGAGAGUUCGAGCGCCGAAGCGGCGCCGGGGAGUUUGAAUGUAGGGGGGGAGAAGUCCGAGGGCGAAACGCAAGAACUCUCCUAGAAAAAGAAAAACCAAAAAGAAAAGUAAAAAAGAA